UAAACGGCAGGCACUGCUGCUUGAUUUUUGCAAUCUUCCUAUCUGCUUGAGAAGAGUUUUUUUUUCUUCAGAUACAUGUACCGAAGUUGUCUUAUCAGCUACUUUAAAUACAGAAAUGGCUAGUCAGAGCCCGACACAGGAGUCGACAAUAGCGCGCUUCGAUCGUUGGAUACGCCAGUCCUGGAAUUCGCUGUCACUCACUCCACGACGCAACUCAUCGAACGAAGACGCACCCCAAACAGACGAUAUAGCGCUGCAUGAAGUUGGUACGACAGCUUCAUGCAGCGCCUCCGCAUCCCCUGCCAAUCAUGGCUCUAGCAUCGACGACAUCAACUGCGGACAAAUCCUGGGGAAAAAUCUGCAACCCGUUUUGUACGAAAUCACACCGGAGCAGUUCAUUCUGGGUUAUCUGUGCGAUGUAGACUGGGAUGGACGACGCGUUUUGGUGGAUUUUGAUUGUUACGACAACCCACCCUUGUGGCUGCCCGCCGCGCAGGUACAGCAGCAUCAUGCAGUACACAGAUGGCACCUCCGCCACGAAACGGUUGAAGCCGCUCUGCGGUUGGAAUCCGACCAACCCUAUGUAUUCCAUCCAGCGCGUAUCAUUUCUCCCAUUGACGACAGCGAGAAUCCAAUUUGUGUAGAAGUGACACCUCGAGACGGUGAUAAACCCAUUCGGAAAUUUGUCCAUCCGCUCCAGCUGCGCGUUGUGUGGAGGUAUUAUUACCCGCGCAGCCCGCACGCCGAUGCAUUUCACUACGUUCGUGGAUGCUGUCGUCGGCUGAAAAACCAAACGUCACCUCUCGAUACUGGGCAGAAUGCGGAAGGUGUUAAUUUGCGACGCUUGUUGGAGGUGUGCAACGAAAUUCCAUGGAUAAAAGUGGUACGGAUAUGGCUGGACACCCAGUGCGUUCACUGUGUCUAUACGAAAAAUGGAUCGGGAGUUUUCAAUGGGACAAUUUUGAAAAUUCUCGUUCGCAGAUCGCGGUGUCACGUGGUGGCGAAACUUCGGAGCUUCAUUAAUACUGAUGCCGUUCGAGACUGCUCGUUGGCAAAGCUGCCGUAUGAACUGUUGAAGAGGAUCGUGUUAUCAAUUGAAGACAUCCACAGCGUGGUUAGCGCUCAAAAAGUUUGCAAAUCCUGGCACGACAUUAUUAUCGGUCAAGAUCGCAGCCAACAUGUCGCUGUUAACCUGAUCAAUCUGCUCCCUGAUUCUUCAAGCGGCCAGGAGCAAAAUUAUAACCGAACUCAUCUUAUAAAUAUCCUCGACACGACCAUGACUGCAACGACCGUGUCGCUGACGCUAAUGGACGGAGCUAUAAGUUUGGAAUUUGGCAUGUUUAUCUUUGCGUUUCUGUCAAUUAAGGUCACGUGUUUGCCGAUGAUCUUCCUGAGAAAUUUAGAAUGCUACUACCCCGUGGCACAGAACUUCGAGCAGCAGCGACUGGAGUGGGCCAAUCUCCGACACCUCAUGCAGGCAUGCCGAGAACUGCAUCUGCAAAGCGUCAUCGUUCCGAACUUCUUCGGCUCGAUCGCCGGGUCGUGGAUCGGGUCGGCCGAAUCCCAGCUGGAUGUCGAUGUUAUCGUAGAAAAAGUCGUGCUGCACUCGACACUUAGUGCAGCCGAUCGGAUGGAACACUUUUUGAAGGCUUUAGACGCUAGUUGCCCCGCGUUUACAGCUUCUGAUUGGGAAGACAUUGAUGAUGCCUAUCGUGAAACGCUUUCGUGUGUUGAAUAUCCGCUACGAAAACAGCUCCUCAUGAUCCAGUUGCUGAAUCAAGCGAUUAUGGGACAAAUAGAACCACCGUUGUCCAGACUCGCCGCUCAUGCCUUCCUUUCCUUUUAUCACAAUGAGACGUCCUCCAGCUCUGUCCCCGGCAGCCGCCACCCUUCCUGUCCAACAUCACGUAAGCCAAGCCACGCGGAAGAAGAAUUCCGUCAAUUCUGUGCUGCAUUGCCGUAGGACGUCGCAGCGAAUAAGCUCAUUGACUGUAACGCAGCAAAUUUUUGAAGUCUCGUCCUGUGUGUAAUUUUGUAUCGUAAUUACUUACAAAUUCUGCAUCUAAA